UGCUUCUUUCGAAGGAAUGGAUUUACCUGAAGAUAUAAUGACAGCCGAUAGAAGACCAGAUGAAGCGAUUAGUCUGAUGGACAGUGAACUUUGGGAAUGUUUGUGCAAUUCGUUAGUCUCUAAACUUGAAAUGAUCGAUUGUUUAGCAACCGUACAUGAAGACUUGAUGAUAUUGGUGUCAUCUGUUGUUCGGUCUGCUGCCAACUUGACUGGACUUCUAGAUCGCUUUCAAGAUGGCACUAUCGCCGCUUUCAAUACGAACUUUUUCCUUGCUGUUUCGACUGUUGCAUGCAAUUGCUCCUCUGAAACCAAUUUUUCAUGCUUUCAACAUUUGUUUGAAGUGGUAACUAAGCUGAUGCUUUUCCCGGAGAGUGUUAACAUAAAUGAAGAUAUUUUGAAGCGGAUGGUGAUAAUUGUUUCUCUGCCGAUUACAAAGGACGACCGUGCGAUAGAAGAUGUCUUCAAAGAUAGAAGAGAGGGCGAUUCCGUUAGGUGUCAGCUGAAAGGUGUGGUCUCUUUGAUAAGGAAAGAAGAGAGCAACCCACUUUUUGAAAAAGUGCUGAAGGACUGUAUUUUAGGCCUUAGUAGAAUGGUGGCCAAUAAUGAAAUAGAAGUCAGAGUGAGGCUCCUAGUCGAAUGCUUCAAUAACAAG